AUGGUUAGAACCAGAAGGUUAGGUCGUGCCUUAGGUAGGGUUAUAGGCAGAGCCCUGGGGAGAGAGGAUCGUCAUGAUUCAGAUGAUGUUCCCCAACGGCGAAGGCCUACAGCAUUCGCACGUAGGCAACGAGAAGCUGCCCCUAUUGCUAAGGAUGAGCCUGUGGUAGCUGGAGAUGUACAUGCACAAGGUGCAGAAACUGGUCAUGAUCGUGAGGUAUUUCCAGGUGGGUCGCGUGACCCAUUAGUGCUGACAGAGUAUGAUGACCAUGUUGCAGUCAUCGUAUGGAAUGGAGAGGAACAUCCUGAAUUGAAGUUAUCCUCCUAUGACAAGAAGGUUCAUAAAUUUGGAAAGCCUACUCCAGAAAUAGAAGGGCUAGUUGCUGCCACAGUAUUAAGUCCUUUGAUCGCAUGUUCAGUAGACACUGGCGAUCGAGGACUUAUAUCCGCUUUUGUGGAACAGUGGCAUAAGGAAACUAGCAGUUUCUAUCUUCCUGUUGGGGAGCUGACCAUCACAUUGGAUGAUGUGGCGUCUCUGCUUCAUCUGCCAAUUAUAGGCGCCUUCCAUACCUUCGAGCCUCUACACGUCGACGAAGUUGUGUUGAUGUUGGUGGAGUUACUUGAAGUCUCUAGAGAGGAAGCUAGAGCUGAGACAACACAAUGUCAUGGGGCAUAUGUACGCCUAUCUUGGCUACGAGAUAUUUAUCAGAGGAGAUGUCAGGCCGGACAUUGGACUGCUGUAGCUCGUGCCUAUCUUCUGCAUCUGUUAGGUUGCACUCUUUUUGCUAACAAGAGUGCAACCCAUAUUCAUGUUGUUUUCUUAGACACUCUCUGUGACUUGAGUUAGACUAGAAGCUAUGCAUGGGGAGCUGCCGCCCUAGUGCAUAUGUACGAUAAUUUGAAUGAUGCUUGUAAAAGCGGCGACCAAUAGCUUGCUGGUUACAUCACUCUA